AGAUAUUCUUAAAAAUUAUCACUAUAUAAAGUCUCAAAUACCACAGGUUAAUAGCCAUACCAUUUUCCUACUAAUUUAUGCAAUUAUGGAGAAAAUAUUCACCUCUUUUCUCUUGUUGCUUCAUUAUGUCAUGGUUAGCCGAUCAAUUAGCUCUUCUUUCUUUAAAAUCUCAAAUCAUUUCCGACCCCUUUCACUUCUUAAUGAAAGUUGGUCUUCCGCUACUUCUGUUUGCUAUUGGGUUGGAGUCACUUGUGACUCUCGUCACCAAAGAGUGAAAUUCUUGAAUCUUUCCAACAUGGCUCUUACCGGCAUAAUUCCACGUGAUUUUGGAAACCUCACAUUUCUUGUUUCUGUUGACUUGGAAAGCAACAAAUUCCAUGGAAAUUUGCCUCAAGAAAUGGGCACGCUUGCGUCGGCUUAAGUUUCUUGAUUUAAGUUUCAACAACUUCAGAGGGAAGGUUCCCUCUUGGUUUGGAUACUUACGUUAUCUUCAAGUUCUAAAUCUUAGAAAUAAUAGUUUCACUGGUUCCAUCCCUUGUUCAUUUUCUAAUAUAUCCACACUUGAGACUUUGAAUCUGAAUUUCAAUUCCAUAGAGGGCCAGAUACCAAAAGUGAUUGGAAACCUUAGAGAAUUAAAGUUGAGGGGUAACAAUCUAAUAGGCUCUAUUCCUCUAUCACUCUCGAAUGCCUCAAGGUUGGGGACUUUAGAUAUAUCUUAUAAUUCACUACAAGGAAACAUCCCACAAGGAAUUGGCAAUCUUCACAACAUGAACUGGUUGGCCAUACAAUUUAAUCAACUUACGGGUUCUAUACCAUUCACAAUUUUCAAUAUUUCUAGGAUCGAAUUCAUUUCAUUUACUGGCAAUUGCUUUUCCGGAAGUCUUCCCAAUGGUUUAUGCAAUCGUCUUCCGAAACUCAAAGGGCUUUAUCUGUCUUAUAACAAGCUUCAUGGUCAUAUGCCUACAAGCUUGUCAAAUUGUUCACAACUUCAAAUUUUAUCUUUUUCAGAAAAUGAGUUUGAUGGACCAAUACAUAGUGAAAUUGGAAGAUUGAGUAACUUGGAGAUAUUGGAUCUCGGAACUAACCAUUUUACUGGGAUAAUUCCACAAGAAAUUGGAAAAUCUUGUUUAUUUGGUAGAGUUAGCCAUGGAGGAUAAUCAGAUUACUGGCUCUGUCCCGAUCUCCAUAUUAAAUAUUUCAUCGCUGCAAAUUUUGUCAGCAUGGCAGAACAAUCUUAGUGGAUUCUUACCACAGGAGAUUGGCAACUUAACCAAGAUGCAAACUUUAUAUCUUGACGAAAAUAGGUUUACUGGUACGUAAUCAAAGUGAUAGCAAGAGGUGAAAUACCAAAAGAGAUAAGCAAUCUUGUUGAGUUGGAGAAAGUCUUGCAUUUAAUAGUUUUAGUGGUUCACUUGAUAUGGAGAUCUUCAACAUAUCCGGGCUAAGAGUAAUUUCUCUUACAAACAAUAAUCUAUCAGGAAGACUCCCACCAAACAUAUGUUCUAUCUUACCCAACAUUGAAGUGCUUUAUCUGGGCAACUUGACCAAUCUUGUUGGGACCAUUCCUUAUUCUAUCUCCAAUUGUUCCAAACUUACUAUUCUUGAGCUUUCACACAACAAACUCACUGGCUUGAUUCCCAAUUCGCUUGGAUAUUUGAUUUAUCUACGGUUACUAAAUUUAGAGGAAAACAAUUUAACCAACGACUCAUCCUUAAGCUUCCUGACUUCCUUAACCAAUUGCAGAAAUUUAACAUUUCUAUCUCUAUAUAUGAACCCUCUAAAGGCUGCGACACUGAUGAUCUAUCGAUGAAUCAAUUUUCAAAUAGAAUUCCAAGAGAAAUUGGAGGAUUGCAAAAUCUGGCACACCUUUCUUUGAGACACAACAAGUUGCAAGGAUCUAUACCUGACUCAAUGAGCAACAUGGUAGGUUUGGAAUUCCUAGACCUUUCUCAUAACAAUAUAUCUGGAAUCAUUCCUAAGUCUUUGGAAAAACUUCAAAACUUGAACUAUUUCAAUAUUUCUGUCAACAAAUUGUACGGUGAAAUACCCUCGGGAGGUCCUUUCAAGAACCUCUCGAGUCAGUUUUUCAUCUACAAUGAAGCAUUGUGUGGUUCUUCAAGAUUUAGUGUCCCGCCAUGCCCCACUUCAUCAAAGCAAACAUCAAAGAGGAAAAAAUUGAUAGUUCUUUUUCUUUUGCUCGCAAUUGCAGUUGUAUUUGUUCCUAUGACCUUUGUGCUCCUAUCGAUAAGGUAUAAAAGAGGUAAAAGUGUUCCUCAGCAAGCUGACUUAUUGUCUAUCGUAGAAAGAGAAAGGAUUUCAUACUAUGAACUUCUCCGAGCAACUAAUGCACUCAGCGAAAGUAAUCUGAUUGGUUCUGGAAGUUUUGGCUCUGUUUACAAAGGCGUUCUAAAAAGUGGAACUGCCAUUGCAGUUAAAGUGUUCAAUCUGCAACUAGAUGCAGCAUUCAAGAGUUUUGAUAUGGAAUGUGAAGUUUUGCGCAGCCUGCGCUAUAGGAAUCUUGUAAAAGUUAUUACUAGCUGUUCCAAUCUUGAUUUUAAGGCUUUAGUGCUCCAGUAUAUGCCUAAUGGGAGUCUUGAGAAGUAUUUGUAUUCGCACAACUACUUCCUCGACAUCAGGCAAAGACUAAGCAUUGUGAUAGAUGUGGCAUGUGCUUUGGAAUAUCUUCACCAUGUGUGCUCAUCGCCUGUGAUUCAUUGUGAUCUAGAGCCUAGUAAUGUCUUGUUGGAUGAGGAUAUGGUUGCCCACCUAAGUGACUUUGGCAUCUCAAAACUGCUUGGUGAAGAUGAGAGUGAUUUAUACACAAAAACACUAGAAACAUUGGGUUAUAUUGCGCCAGAGUAUGGACAAGAUGGAUUGGUGUCUACUAAAUGCGAUGUCUAUAGUUAUGGGAUCAUGUUGCUGGAAACUUUUACCAGGAGAAAGCCUACCGAGUUUGAGGGAGAUCUUAGCUUGAAACAAUGGGUGAGUUAUUCACUUCCUGAUGCAGUAAUGGAUGUUGCGGAUUCCAACUUGGUUCCACCGAUGGAUAAUCACUUGAAGAAGAAGUUAGAUUGUGUAGCAUCAAUCAUGAAAGUGGCACUAGAUUGUUGUAUUGAAUCUCCAGCAAGACGGACGAACAUGAAAGAUGUUGUAGGGAUGCUAGAGAAGAUCAGAAUUCAACUUCUCGCAUGUUGAACAUGCUCUUGGCAAUUCUUGUUCCAAAUAACUUGUUUUGUUGCAAAUGUUUUCUAAAUAAUUUUAUUGAUGAGAAGAAUGUAUUUUUUUUUUUUUUUUUGUUAUAAAAGGAAUUUUAUGAUUUUCCAAGGAAUAGUACUCCUACACUUCUUUGUUCUUAUGAACUAGCUUUGCUGAUGUCCCCCAGUGCAUUCCAGUUUUUAUAUUCUGCCUCUUUAUAUAACGUAGACUUAAAGCCCAAAGCAACUAACAGAUUGCAGCAUAGUCCCAUAGUUCCAUAGGCAGAUUUUCUCCCAUGCCCCCGUAGAAUUCCUUGUUAUUGUAGCUUCCCCAGACCACAAAUAGCUUCUACGAGUAGCCUCUAUUAACUUGAUUGCUUUCAUCGGCAUUA